GUAUGUAAAUAUCUUCUAUGUCAAAGUCCGUAGAGAAAAUAAUCAAUGUUUUUAUCUGGACAGAGAGCAGCUAUUCUGCUGCUGCCUUAUUUGGUAGGUUUAUGUCACUAUGGGAAACCAAAACCCAUGAUUUCAAACACUGAAGUCACAGAUCAACGAAUGUAGACUGACUGGAAGUAGCAACAGAGGAUUAACAUCAGCUAAGGACAGUGCAUCAAAUCUGCUGAGAAGGUACAGUAGAAUAAUUGUUGAUAUCAGACUCUAUCAGGGGUUUACAGCUAAUUGGUCAUAAUCUGACAGAGCUAAUAUCAGUUGCCACUCAGUUGGAGUCCUGAAGAACGCAAACAGCAAUUUUGGGAAUAUCAACAAACUUUCUUAAUGCAUCAAAAGGCUAAUGACAAAAGUCAUUAUAAAUCUUUUGCUCAAGUGGAAACCCAGUCAGUUUUUGUAAGCAACAAUUUACAACAGGUAGUACAUUCGAUUUUUAAAAAUAAAAACAUUGUACCUUCCUGUUGCUGCGCUAAUCUAACACCUUCCCUUUCUCUCAAGACAUAUCUCAAAUCUACUCAGUGACUGAAGACACCGCUGUCUAUUCACUCCUGUGAAGCACUGAUGUCCGAACCUUUAAAGUGCUGCAUCUGUCUGGAUGAGUUCACCAAGUCUGCUUCCCUCCCCUGCGGUCACUGCUUCUGCCUGGCCUGUAUCGGAGAAUACUGGCGGAUCAACGUGGUCUGUCAGUGCCCCCUGUGCAUGACCGUGUUCCUGAGCAGACCACAACUUAAGACGGACCCCGCCACAGUGCCUGAGGCCCCGGCUGAGGUUGUAAAAGCUGGUGAGGUUUCCUGUGAUCUGUGUGCAGUGAUAAAGCGUCGGGCAGUCAAGUCCUGCCUGGUGUGUCUGGCCUCCUACUGCGAUGCUCACCUGGAGCUACAUUACCAGAGUGAAGAUCUUGGGCGCCAUCUUCUAAUCAGUGUGGUGAAAAACUUGGAGGGCUCUGUUUGCAGGGUGCAUGGAAAACCUUUAGACCGCUACUGCAGAAGUGACCACGCGUGUCUUUGUACCAUGUGUGUUCAGACAGAACACAGGGGUCAUCACAUUAUUUCUGUCCACAGAGAAGCAGCAAAAAGGAAGAUUAAACUAAAACGUCAAAAGACAAAGCUUGAACAAGUCAUAAAAGAGAAGUUACAUCAAAUGGAGAAAAUCAUAUUGUGCAGAGGCCAAUGUAAAGAUAAUCCAACAGAGGCCUGGGCCGAACACAAAGAGCUGGUAAAGCAGCUGGAGGAAGAAGUGUCUGAGCUGCAGAGGAGGAACACUGAGCUGGAGCAACUUUCACACACUGAAGACGACCUGCACCUCCUACAGAUGACCAAAUACAAGCACCUAAAGAACAUGAGCCUCCAGGUUUGCUCGUGUUGUGGUUGGUCCAAGGUGACCUCAUACAAGGGCCUUCGAAUUCACCAAGGAAAGAUGGGAUGCACACCGAAGGAAAUAAAAAUCUCUAAAAACCUGUUUGGACCCAGCAGCUACAGUCCUGAUUUCACCUCGAUUGGUCCAACAAUCCAACUGCAGGAACCGGUGAAGGACAUUUUCCCCACUUCCUUUACCUUGGAUCCAUCAUCAGACAUCAGUCUGCAGACCUGCUACUGUGGCUGGUCCAAACUGACAACUUACCACGGCCUGAGAACUCACCAAGGGAAGAUGGGAUGCACACCCAACGGAACGAAGAUUUCUGAGUUCAGAUUCAGCCUUCCUCCAAUUACUUUUAAAGAAUCCACCAUCCAACUUGAAGAGCCCACCCUGGACUUUUUCAAUACUCCUGUAAAGUCUGACUCAUCGUCAGGUGUGAACCUCCAGGUUCUUGGCUCCUGUGACUCAGGGUUCACCACACACCAAACUCAUCAGAAGGAAUGCAUUUUAGAAGACACAAAAGUCCUGGAGGAGAAAGUGUCCAACUGGAGAGGUCUUCAAGUCAAGACGGAGGCUCCCUCCUUCCUGCACACCCAGAACACCCAACAAUUUCCAGCAGAUGAAGUCCAGACAGAUAGUGUGGAAACAUUUUUCCUCACCCCCCAGCAUUCACAACAAAGCACCAACAACUCUGCUAACGUUCGACGGGCACUCAAUUUCUCCACUGGUGCACAACAGCCUAAAACCAAAACUGUUUCCGAAGCGUUUCGUCAUCAUACUGACGAACCAACGGCUCAGGGGCUACAACGCCAGCAGGAGGUGUGUGGAUCAGCCCGCUCUGAGCAUUUACAAGUAAUGGACACGGGAGGGCGACAAAGAAUAGGUCAACCACAUAAUGCACAGGUGUUUGGCUGGCCUCCUACCACAACAGUUCAAGAGGCAGCAUUUGGUCCAAAGGACAUGGAACAAGAAGCUGAAAAGGGAAGAAAAGACUUUAAGAAGGCUGAGAUGCAGCAGAAAAUUCUGACCAGGGAAAAGAUGGUUGCUGAAGUCAGAUCGUCUUUAAAGAACUGCAAGGUUCUCUUAGAUGCCCAGUGGGUGGAGGUCAACGACACAUUCUCAGAGGUGAUCAAAGUUGUGGAGAAGGCUCGACAGAAAGCCCUUCAGCCUCUAGAGGAAAGGAGGAGAACGGUGAAAAGGGAAGCACAAGAUCUGGUCGAGAAACUGGAGAAAGAAAUCAACCAUCUCAAGAAGACCAUUGAGGAUUUGGACACAAACCCAGACUCACAGUUCUCUCUGGAUAAGUAUCACGAGCGGAUCAACGUAAAGCUUGAUACUUCAUUCUCAUUUGGCUCUCUGAAAACGACCACGUCUGCCAUGAUGGAAGGCAUUCAUCAGAAACUAGAGAAACUCUCGACUGUGGAACUCAGAAGAUUCUCCAAAUUCACAGUGGAAGUGAAUUUGGACCCCCUGACUGCCCACCAGUGCCUUGUCCUGUCUUACGAUGGGAAGAGAGUCAAAGACGGAGGAAAACCCAAGACACUUCCAGCGACUCAGGAGAGAUAUGACAUGUAUGGAAGUGUCAUUGCGGUCAAGAGUUUGACCUUUGGAAGGUCCUAUUGGGAGGUGGUGGUGGGAAACAAACCUGGUUGGGACCUGGGUGUGGCACGAGGUCAGGCAAAGCGCAAAGGCAAGAUUUCUCUAAACCCCAACGACGGCUACUGGGUGAUUGUCCACUACGAGACGGAAAAAUACGCUGCUCUGACAGCACCACCUAUCAGCCUGUCUCUCAGGGAGAAACCCAAGAAAGUGGGCAUGUUUGUGGAUUACAUGGAAGGUCUGGUGUCAUUCUACAACGUGACAGCUAAAUCUCACAUUUACACCUUCACAGGUUGUUCAUUCAGUGGUGAGAUCUUUCCGUACUUCAGUCCUCAUCUGAACCAAGAUGGUGAAAAUGCAGAUCCUCUGAUUAUCUGUCCUUAAACACAGUGCAGGAGUUAUUACAGUAACAUUUGUAGAAUUGGUGGUUUACAUUGUAGGCAUAAUUUUAAAUGGUAAAUAACAGUCAACAAUCAGUCUAU